UGAUUUUCAAUGUUCAUUUCUUUUCCUUUUCAUAUUCUAUAAAUAGCAUAUUCUAUAGAAAUAAAUACCAUUCAACUGAUUAUUUAAAUGUAUUAUUGUUAAUUGCGGUGACUUGUUUUGUUUGGGAAUUUUUGUUGUUGUUUUAUUUUCAAUUUACUCUUAAAUUGGAUAGGAAUGAUUUCGGUAACACGCGGGACAAGGAAGAGUUAAGUGUGUUAUUUCUCAGCCGUCCUAGAUUUUAACUUUUAUACGCAAGUAGCUUAGCAAAUCAUGCAAUCAAAGAGCGUGUAGUUUACACAUAAUCGUCUUAAAAUAAAAUAGUUAUUUUGACACGCUUCAAAGUUUUAUUAUUUGUAAGACAGCGAUCGCUGUCAAACAUUUUGCUUUUCGUACGGACUUUCAAAUGUGCUGCGUCUGAAGGAAAUAUGGAACUAGAUUUAGGACCGGAAGAGAGAGACGCACGUGCGGAGUUGGCUGCUAUUGAGCGGCAAAAACAGCGCCGGGAUGCGGAACCGCUGCUAUUGUGCAAACUGAUAACACGGUGGCCAGUUCGAGCUUUUGUACUGACCUUGUUUGGACAUAUUGCUAUGAUCGCAACUACAGGGAUCUUAUAUCUAUCCGGAUAUGACAUCAUGCCCUUGUUUUUGGACGACGUCCCUAUGCGUCUUGUAGAUGAACCUUGGGACGCCCGAUGGUUCGCUUGGACUGAUCGGACAAAGUAUGACGGUUAUUAUACUCGGGGUGGUACUAAUGCUGGGUUUCGAACUUCUGAAGCUUGGUAUGCCGCUAUGGACAUGUUUUACGAAGACGUUGAUGGUGAUAAUAUUUUCACGAAGCGGUCGCUUGUGAAAAUGAAGGAAAUUGAAGACGAUUUAAUGAACGCAGAUGACUACACAAAAUUUUGUAAACUCGAUCCUCAGAUCCGACAGUGUGUUAAACCUCAGUCGGUGCUAAGAUACUUUGACGGAACGUUUAUAGAUAUAGACCCUGUAUUCAAUGAUACAGCAUUUGAAAAUGUUGAUAAUGUUCUGUAUAUGGCCGCAACACACAACGCAACUAGGGAUGGUUUUAGAUUCUUUCUUGCAAUAAAGCACAAGACUACACAGAAUACAGUGACGUCAAAGAUGACGCGUUCUAUCCUCUCAUUUGGGUUACCACACGAAGAGUACGGCUCAAGUGAUUACGAAAUGGAAGCCGAAAAGUUUUCCGGCGAUAAAUUGAAACCAAUUCUUGAGAAAUAUGAAGAUGCGUCCGAAUUUAAGUUUUCAUAUCGCUCCGAGGCUAUUUGGAUGUACAGCGCUAGAACCCAAGCCAUGAAAGACGUGCUCUGGGCGGGGGCAAGCAUGGCGUUCAUAUUUCUUGUAAUUCUGUUGCAUACGAGGUCGCUUUGGAUAGCUGGAUUUGCAAUUUUAAGCAUUUUUGCGAGUUUCUUUACUGGCAACUUGAUUUAUAAUUUAGUAUGUCGUUUCGAUUACAUUGGAUAUUUUCACAUCCUGUCACUAUUUGUCAUUCUCGGCAUUGGAGCGGACAAUGUAUUUGUGUUUUACGAUAUUUGGCGGAAUUCCGCAUGUGACGAGUAUCUGUCAGUUGCUCAUAGAUUAUCAGAUUGUUAUAAGAGAUCAGUUUUCAGUAUGCUUAUCACCUCACUGACAACAGCGGUUGCGUUUUUGUCCAGUGCAAUAUCACCUUUACUUGGGACAAGGUCAUUUGGUGUGUUUUCAGCGUUGGUAGUUGUCGUAAACUACCUCUCGGUCAUACUUUACUUUCCGACAGUUGUUAUCAUGUAUCACACUUAUUUUGAAAAAGCAACAUGGCCGUGCUGUUAUCCGUGUCAGAAGGGUUCCGAUCAUGAAUCCGCAGACGAUAAAAACGACAAGAACGCACGCGCUAAACAUUAUAGUAAACAUGAUAUUGAAAGUGAAGAGCGUGAAGAUGACUUAUCUGCUUCAAGAGUUAAUCCAGUCUAUGAACCGGAUGUCCCUGUAAAACAAAACUACCAUUGGUCGAGAACUUUUGACGAUACGGCGAAAUUACCGUCAAAAUUACCGUCAAAACAUCAAUCGGUGCAAGAAAAUGGUUAUCAGUCAUAUGAAUCAUAUCUAAGAAACGGUGAUUGGCGAACUACAGGCGGUUAUCGGUUGUAUUCUCCAGGCCAUACACAACAACCAGAUCGAAAACGACAAGGGUCAAAUGAUCGAAAACAAAACGGCGUGGUGGUAAAUCAUUCUCAAAAUCACGUGUCACAUCUUGACAAUAAAUCGAAAAGUUUAUCCAAAAAGCGAAAGAAGAAGUCGAUAUUUGUUCGUUUCUUUCGGAAUUAUUAUUUCCGUUUUGUGACACACAAGGUUAUAAGAUGGUUGAUUAUUCUUGUACUGGCAGGAGUUUUGGCCUUCUUCAUCUACCAGGCUUCACAAAUCGAGCCCGAUAAUGAGCUGUUUAAUAUACUACCAGACGACCAUCCGUACAUGAAGGCCUACUCGCAUAAAUUAUAUUCAUUUUUGUCCUCACUUGGUGAAGGAACUGGUUUGAUGUCCGUUCAUCUGUUGCUAGGAGUAAAACAAAACGACAUCUCUACCUGCCACUUUUCUGACCCCGUGUGUACGGGAAAACAAGAAUGGGACCUGGACUUCAACCCUAACACAGAAGAGGCGCAAUUGGCAUUGAUGGGCUUGUGUGAGAAACUACGAACUUUACCUGAAGCGGAGGCCAAAGAAUUACACAUACAGAAAAAUCCUAACACGGGCGAAUACAACAUAAAAUGUUUCAUGGACAAUCUGCAAACAUUUCUACAGGCAGAGUCCGAUAGGGAUGGUAAAAAUUGGAGUUUGCCUUUCACCAAGGAGCGGGUCGACAGCUUCAUCGCAGACAAACCCCAGUUCUAUAACAGCAGUGUGUUCACGGCAGAAUUCAACAAUAAUCUUGAAGUUGCAAUAUCGUACUGGCUAACAAAUAAAUAUACAAAAGAAUAUACUAGUGACUUUUACCAGUUUGAUCAGCUGAUUGGAGAAAAAACUGGUCCGUUUAGUUCACCUGUCAUCAAUAAAACAGAUAUGAUGUACGGAAAUGAUUUGAAGUUUCUUGCAA